UAAUCUGUUUGUGAACAUACGUAAACAAAUUAGACUCCGUCAUAUUUAAUUGCUAAUUUUAAAUUUUAUACGUAUUUCAUUCAUUUCUAUUUCUGUAGCAAAGUUAUUUACUACAACGCUUAUUUUUGAUAGUUAAGAAAGAUUUAAAAUAUUAGUGUACAGAUAUAUUUUUUAAUAUGGAGUAUUUUGAGGAAAUAAAAAAUAUACUGCAUUUUAUAACGAAAGAUUGUUCAGUAGUAUUGUUUGUUACGAUAAUAUUUGCUAUUUAUUUUUAUUAUACUAGCACUUUUGAUUAUUUUGAAAAGCGGGGCAUUAAAUAUAUGAAACCCACAAUAUUUGUUGGAAACAUGGGAAAAAGGAUAAGAAGUAAAGAAUCAUUUCAUGCUUUUCAAUUAGAAAUAUACAAUUAUUUUAAAGGAAAUCCUUUUGGAGGAUUUUUUGAAGGAAGAAAACCAAUUCUAUACAUUUUGGAUGCAGAGUUAAUCAAAGCUAUCACUAUACGUGAUUUUGAUUGUUUUGUGGAUAGAAACACAAUUAAUAGCAGAAUACCAAAUUAUUUGAAACGUUCUUUGCUUAUUUUGAAGGGAUCAGAAUGGAAAGGUGUACGCAGCAUAAUUACUCCUGCGUUUAGUUCAGCUCGACUGAAGAAUAUGCUGCCUCUCCUACAAUUGUGCUGCAAGCAAUUGGUAGAAUAUUUAAAACAGUAUGAUGGGAAAGAUUUAGAUAUGAAAGAUACUUUGGGGCACUACACUUUAGAAACAAUAGGAGCAUGUGCGUUUGGCAUCAAAGGCGAUGCUCUUACUGACGAAAAUGCAUAUUUUAUUAAGGUCGCUGAAAAAUUUAACGAGAUGCCCAAAAUGAAAAGGAUUUUCCUACUCUUUUUAAUGGUUUUAGCACCUCAAUUAUUAAAAUAUUUGAACAUCUCUUUUUUGAAUCAAGAAAGUAUAAAAGAAUUGGUCAAGACACUGAAAAUGGUCAAAGCAGAAAGAAGAUUGACGGGAGACAAGAAAAACGAUUUUCUACAAUUGCUCAUUGAUGCUGCAGAAACAGAAAGAAAGGACUCUGGAACUAAAGCUAAAUUAUAUUUAGAUGAUGACACCAUAGAUGCGCAAUCGUUACUUUUCCUGUUGGCUGGCUAUGAGACGUCCAGCACAUUGUUGUCUUUCGCGAUACACGUCUUGGCUACCAAACCGGAACUACAAGAAAAACUCCGCGACCAUGUCGUUAAAAUGACUGAUGGACAAGACAUAACUUACGAUCUUUUAUCACAACUCACAUACCUGGAAGGAUUUUUAUUAGAGACAUUACGCAUGUACCCACCAGUGUCACGAGUGGACAGAACUUGUGUAAAGAAAUACAUUCUCCCAGGAACAUCAGUACAAGUUAAUGUGAACGACGUCGUUGCGAUACCGAUUUAUGGUAUACAUAUGGACCCUGAGCACUAUCCAGAACCACACGAAUUCCGUCCAGAAAGGUUUAUGGGUGAUGAAAAGAACACGAGACCAUCACAUUUGUUUUUAGCUUUUGGGGUUGGACCAAGAAAUUGUAUAGGUUUGCGUUUUGCCAUGUUUUCUGCUAAAUUAGCCAUGGUUACACUUUUGAAGAAUUUCAAGUUUACAACAUGCCCUAAAACAAGAGAUCCCAUCAACUUCAGCAAGCGUGCAGUUUUGCUGAAAGCCGAAGAUGGGCUAUGGGUUCAGCUUGAUAGUUUGUAAAAUGUAUUUUUUGCCAUAAAGUUUCCGUAAAAAUCAUAUUAUCAAAAUACACCACUUUUAUUAGUUUAAUAAUAGCAUUGAACAAGUAUACAACUUUAUUAGUAUUAAAAUUUUUUUAGCAUUUUAUUGCAAUUACUUUUAAAUAAUAAAAAUAUAGACAGUCACAAUAUUUAUUCUAAAAAAAUAGAAGUACAAAUUAAUGUAUUUUGUGAUAUUCAAGUAUUAUAAAAAUGAUUUUAUCAAACUGGUACAUCACUUUGCUAAGUUUAUUAUCUUAGCAAAACUAGGUCUUAAAGCUUAAAUAAGAAUUCGAAAUAUGAAUAAUGAUGGUGGCGGUGUAAAAAUAAUAAAGUUAUGAUGUUAAGCAAUGAAUAUAGCAUUUGUAGUUUUUCUUGUUGGAACAAAUUGUGAUUAUUUUAAAAAUGUGAUAAGUUAUACUAUACAAAAAAUAUUAUAUACCUUACUUAUUA